UUCAAACCUGGCAACUUCAGUUUGUUUAUUUCUUUUUCGCGAAUAAUUUGUGUUGGGUUUGAUAAUAUUUUUUUUAAAUAAAACUAAUUAAAUUUUUUCUGUAUCUAAUUUAUGAGAAUCUUCUGAAGUUAGAAACAAAAUGUUUGAUAUACGACGUUAUAGGGACGAAGAUGAAGAGGACAAAUCCCCUGUGCUGGAAAAUAAUUUAAUUGUGACUCCAGGCACAGUUAUUUCUUCUGAUGAAGGAUUUAUGAGAGGUCAUGGAACAUGGAUUGAUGAAGAGAAUAAAAUAUGUGCUACAGUAGCUGGUACCAUAGAAAAAAUUAAUAAGCUUUACACUGUGAAGCCUCAAAGAUCAAGGUAUAUAGGUGAAGUUGGUGAUGUUGUUGUGGGCAGGAUUGUGGAAGUGCAGAAUAAGAGAUGGGCUGUUGAUAUCAAUGCCCGUUUGAAUGCAAUACUUUUGCUGUCAUCGGUUAAUCUUCCCGGGGGAGAACUGAGAAGAAAAACCGAGCAAGACGAGUUGAUGAUGCGGCACUAUUUGGAAGUUGGAGAUCUUAUUAAUGCUGAAGUACAAUCCAUAUUUGCUGAUGGAUCAUUGUCACUCCAUACCAGAAGUUUAAAAUAUGGAAAGGUAUCUCAAGGACAACUUGUGAAAGUUCCCGCUUCAUUAAUUCAAAGGAAAAAAACACAUUUUCAUAAUAUUGUCAGUGGAAUACAAAUAAUUUUAAGUAACAAUGGUUACAUAUGGAUCUCCCCUGCAUCUGCUGAAGAUGUUGAAACUGGUGGAUUUGCUGAAAAUUUGGAGCGUGUUUCUAAGGAAGACAGAGAGAAUAUUUCUAGAAUAAGAAAUUGUAUUCUUGCAUUGACUCAGCAUAAUAAACUGUUGUCUGAUACCAUCAUACUCUAUGCUUAUGAUGCCUCUUUAGUAUAUGAAGUAAAGGAAUUGCUAAAGCCUGAAAUUAUAAAAAAGGUUGUUACUGCUGUUGAAGAAAGAAUAGAGCUGGAAAAGAAAUAGUUGCAAAAAAAGUUUUUAUAUUUUUAAUAAAUUUGUUGCUUUUGUAAAAA